UAUUCUUCAGCAAUCUCUCAUAUUUUUUAUUCUCCUACAGUUAUAAACCAAACAACCUUCGAAACCGAUUCACCAGAGACAGAUAUCUUCAAGAAUCCAAUCUUUUAUAACUAAUGGCGCUCGAGGCUCUUACUUCACCAAGAUUAGCUUCUCCGAUUCCUCCACUUUUUGAAGACUCUUCCGUCUUCCAUGGAGUCGAGCACUGGACCAAAGGUAAACGAUCUAAGAGAUCAAGAUCCGAUUUCCACCACCACCAAAACCUCACUGAGGAAGAGUAUCUAGCUUUCUGCCUUAUGCUUCUCGCUCGUGACGGAGAUCGCAAACAUCAUCAAACACUUCCUCCUCUUCCGGCGGCUGUGAUGGCUGAGAAGACGAUGGAGAAGCUUAGCUACAAGUGCACCGUCUGCGACAAGACGUUCUCCUCUUACCAAGCUCUAGGUGGUCACAAGGCGAGCCACCGUAAAAACUUAUCGCAAACUCACUCCGGAGGAGGAGGAGAUGACCAGUCCACGUCUUCGGCGACAACCACAUCCGCAGUGACUACUGGAAGUGGGAAAUCACACGUUUGCUCGAUCUGUCACAAGUCUUUUCCGUCAGGUCAAGCUCUCGGCGGACACAAGCGGUGCCACUACGAAGGAAACAACAACCACAACAACAACAACAGUAGUAGCGUGUCCAAUUCCGAAGGUGCAGGGUCCACCAGCCACGUCAGCAGUAGCCACCGUGGGUUUGACCUUAACAUCCCUCCGAUCCCGGAGUUCUCGACGGUCAACGGAGACGACGAAGUGAUGAGCCCUAUGCCGGCCAAGAAGCCUCGGUUUGACUUCCCGGUCAAACUUCAACUUUGAGGAAAUUUAUUUACUUAUUAGAGACGAUAAGAUAUUUGUUCGUUUGUUAGUGUUGGAGAGAGUUCUGUAGGAAUUUGUUGACUGUACAUACCGAUUUGGACUUUGACUGAUUCCAAUUCUUGUUGUUCUUUCAUUCAACUGAUUCUUUCUUUUUACCAUCCAUCCAUACGCGUUAAGUUUGUGUUGAAUAGUAUAAAGUGAUACCACUACAGUCUACACAAUUCUGUUUUUGG